AUGGUGGGAGGCACGCUCACUCGCGCUGCUGUUGUCGUCCCCAUGCCCGUCAGCACUGCCAUGCCUGCUCCCAUGCCUGCUCCCAUGCCUGCUCCCAUGCCUGCUCCCAUGCCUACUGCCAUGCCUACUGCCAUGCCUGCUCCUUCACUCACUCUCACGCACACCCCUCCUGAACGCACAUCGCCGCUCUCACUGUCACCAGCACCCACCACAGGCACAGCUGGCGCAGCAGUCCCAGCAGCAUCGCCACCCUCCUCUCCUCUGCCUCCUCCUCCUCCUCCUACUGCUCUUGCCACCCCUCACUCUUCUGCUACCCCUGCCACUCCCCCUUAUGCUCCCCUUCCCUCUCCCCUUUCUCUUGUCCCCUCCGCUUCCCCUGCUGCCCCCCCCGCUACUCCCCCUGCUCCGUCCGCACGUCACCCCUCCCCACACCACUCAAUCCCCCCCCACCACCCUCAACCCUCGCACCAUCCCCACCACCAUAACCACUCCCGCGUGCGGUACCGGGGGGUGCGGCAGCGGCGGUGGGGGCGGUGGGUGACAGAAAUCCGCGAGCCCACAACGCGCACGCGCAUCUGGCUCGGAUCCUACGAUAACGCCGAGGAAGCCGCCCGCGUGUACGACAUGGCCGCCCGGCUACUCAAGGGCCGGGCGGCGAGGCUUAACUUUCCCCAAAGCGUGCAGCCAGUGGCGGUCCCCCGGGGAUUGCGGAUGCUCUUAUGCGCGCCAGCCGGGCGGCAGCGGAAGCUGGCGGGGGGGAGGGUGGUGCGGGUGGUGGGGGAGAGGCUGGCUGGUGCGGGUGGUGGGGGAGAGGGUAUGGAUGAUGGGGAGGAUGGUGGGGAUGGUGUGGAGAAUGGGCCUGGUAGGGAUGGGGAUGGUGGUGGUGAUGGGGAUGGUGAUGGGGAUUGGGGCAGCAGUGGUGGGUGCGGUGGUGGUGUGAUGAGGAUGGACGUGGGUGCUGCAGAGGCAACGGCGGAGGGUGAGGCGGGCGCAGAGGUACAGGAGGUGAAAGGGUGGAGUGGUGGGAAGAUGGAGUGUGGCUCGGAGCAGCUGCAGCAGCAGGUGCAGCAGCAGGUGCAGCAGCAGCAGCAGCAGCAGCCUCAGCAUGCCGGGCAACCACAAGCAGGCCUACAGGAGAAUCACUAUUGUCAUCAACAGCAGCAGCAGCUGCAGAAGCAGCAGCAGGCGAGCAGUUUGGCACCUGAGAAUCCACCUGGGAGUCAAGCGCCAUCAUGGGAGGAGACCCUGAGAGACCUGGGCCUGGACCCACCUCUUCCUCCUGCCGCCCCUACCCCUCCCCCUUGCUCUACUCCCGCACCACCACCAGCACCACAAGCCCCUUCUCGCCCCUCCAAUACGCCCUCUCUUCCCCUCCUGCGCAUGCCCCUGUCACUGCUCGCCUCCCCACGUGCGACCACCCACACCCCUCCUUGUCGGUCAGCAGGCAGCCCCCUGCUCCACCUCCCGCCCUCUUUCCCUGCUCUUCCCUCCGCUUCCCUGCCUGCUGCAACCACCAUAGCUGCUGCCACACCUGCUACCACAGCACCCGCACCUGCCACUACGCCCUCUCCUCCUGCCAUCUCCCAAUCCUUCUCGCCAGUUUCCUGCUCCAACCCCAAUGAAUGUACGGACCAGAUUGACCAGAACAGUCAGAUGGAACGGACGGACCAGAUGGAACGGAUGGAUCAGAUGGAGCACGCAGACCAGAUGGACCAGGCGGACCAGAUCGUACGAACAGAUCAGAUGGAGCGGAUGGAGUCCCCUUUAGAGCCUUUUACGUUGGAGCUUCCCCAGGUGCUCUCCCACACCUCCACCGCCACCACUUUAACUAGCGCUACUGGUGGUAACGCAGUUACCACUACAGGCACCACCAGCGGCACCGCCACAACCACGGCUUCUGAUUGGUCGGCGAACGUUCUUGUCGAUUCCACUGAUUCCUCCAUGCAGAUCUUCGGGCAGACAAUGAAUGUUUUCUGCCCGAACCACCAGUCACCUUCUGAAGUUUCGUGGAACUCCCCGCCCGAACCAUCUGCCCGAACCUCACUUCACCAAGCCAUUCUCUCUCGUCCGGCAACCGUCCCAGCCAGUCGUCCAGCCGUUCGCGCUGCUGAACCUCCUCCUCUUGUUCUACCACCCUCACUAGAUGCCCUGUCAUUGGCUAACCUCAGUGCCGAACCUCUGUUGUUGCCAGCCCUUCCAGAGAGGUUUGGGGGAGGUUUGGAGGAGGAGGGGGUGACAGGGGAUGAAGGGUGGUUCUUGUGGUCUGACCUGUAA